UUCAACAAUAUUUCGUGCUUUUAUGUAAAAGGGCUGGUCAAAAGUUACAAAACACGUUCUUUGGUUUAAUUUUUUACAUUCUUGAGCUGUGAAAAUGAAAACCGAAUGAAUACAAUCGGGUGAGCUUGGUGGUAAGUUUACAAAUGGCAAAAAACUUAUUUUAAUAUUUAAUAAUGAAUCUUCAUCGCCGGAAGAAAUUGAACGUGCCGGAGAAAAAUAUCUUUUAACAUUAUAUAAAGCUCCAACCCACAUUACGUCUUUGAAUAAAUUAAGACAUGAUGUUUUUCAAAAAACCGCAGCCUCUAACAAAAAACAAGUUCAACUAGCUAGACUUCCACCUACUAUCGAUGCGGCAAGAGAACAUUUACAUCGAGUUUAUUUACAAAUACAGUUGUGGCGUGGCAAUACAUCCACAGAAUUGGGGCUGGAAAGAAUAUAAUGGUAAACUAAAUCCAGUUUUCACGAAAAAGUCACCAGCACUGGAUACUCUUUUGAAUGUGAUUAGUUGUGCUUGCACAAAAACAUGUGAACAAAAUUGUAGCUGUCGAAAAGCAGGAUUGCUAUAUUCAGUUAUAUGCAAGCAUUGUCAAGGAGGUUCGUGUUUAAAUCAGCAACCGAUUAUAGAUGAUGAAGAAGAGGACAAUUUAGAGGACUAUAUUGACGAAAUAAAUCUAAUUGAAAAUCAAAAAGAAGAAACCAACACACCGACAAUAAAAAAAAUUCGACUCACAUAAUUUAAUUAAUAAGGACCUACAUCCCCAUUACACCAUUCCAGGACCUACACCAUUUUUUAAAUUUAAUUUCGUAACUUAUAGUCUGA